GUUAAUAAUAGACUUAUAAAAAUUUCAAAUUUCAUUCUCUUUCCUAUAUUUUUACAUAUGCAUUUAUUGUUAUUAUUUUCUUUCAUUAUUCGUGGGCGUGGAAGAUUUAAACGACAGCUUUCAGAAUUAAAUAGUACUGCAUUACCGAAACCUCCGGUUGAAUUUUUUGAACCGUUAGAGUUACCUGGUAUACCCCAAAACUUGAAACCGGAAAUGUUCUAUAUUUUACAGCAUUUCAAAAUGUUGGAGCUGCCAUCAGGUUGGAACAUCAAUCCUACUGAAAUCGAAAUCAAGUCGUAUUUGCAACAAGAAAUUAUUGUGCAGUCAGACGAUUCGGAUGAUAGCAUUAUUGUUGUUUUAGAAGGAUCUAUCGGUGUAUACAUCACACAUGGCGAAACAAGGGAACAUCUCGUUCGUCGCAUCAGUGUCGGCGAAAGUUUUUUCAGCUUUUUAUCCUUAUUAGAAAUAUUAAUAGUUAGUUGUUCUUUUUUGGAAUUUCCUUUUGUUUUAAGGUAUCGAAUACAUAGCUUUCGCGAUUCAUUUUUAAAAAAUCCCGCUGAUUGGGUUCGCCCGAUCCAAAUCGUCAUCACCAGACUGCUUCAUGUUACACUGACUACUCUUUAUCAAUAUUUGGGAUUAUGUAGCGAGUUAAUGAAGAAGUCACAAAUGCUGUUAAUACUAGUACACCUCACUAAUUUUUCUACAUUUUUGGUUGUUUGCGAUCUUACGAGUUUCCUGUUUCCAGAUUCGAACGAAUAUAUGAUCAGAGCACAACGUUUUUUCGUUGAAGCACUGAAUCUUGAUGAAAAUUCUGAAGCUGUUUCAUUUCUUCAGGACCGCAUACAAAUCAAAACAAUUCCUGAAAAUCAUCUUAUUCAACAACAAGGUGCUAAUAGCGACGAAAUGAUUGUAGUUGUUGAUGGUAUUUUGAAAGUUUUUCAGGUAUAUCAUAUACAUUCUUGCUCGGUAAUUUUGAAUGAUGAAGAUUGUACAGAUGAUCAAUGGCAUCAUUUUAUUUAUCCUCGAGAAUUAUUUGGUGCAUUGCAUCUCCUCACCAAUGAAGCUUCAUUUUAUUCGUUGCAAUCACACACAUGCGCAACCAUAGCUUAUAUUAGCAAGAAAGAUUUUUUUGAACUUGUGGAUCUGAAUCCCGAGGUUAUCUUACCUGUUGCUUAUUCUGUUAUACGUCGGUUAAGCACUUUCGUAAGGAAUGUUGAUUUCGCUAUUGACUGGGUUCUUCUGGAUUCUGGUCAAGCCGUCUACAGGAGUGGUGAUAUUGCCGAUUCAGUGUUUGUUGUUCUUAGUGGGCGCCUGCGUUCUGUUGAAAAACAGCAAGUGGUUGAAGAAUUCGGCCGUGGUGAUAUGAUAGGAAUGAUUGAGGUGCUUCAACGAGUUCCACGAGGGACGACGGUGCUUGCAACACGUUUCUCUCAGCUCGCUCGUGUAUCUGAAGGUCUUCUUAAUUAUAUAAAGCUGAAAUAUCCUCAGGUUGGAUUUACCCUUAUUCAUGUACUUGGCCAUUAUUAUACUUCUUCAGUAAAACGACCAUUGGUUUUCAGUACGACUUUUAGAGAUCGUUUCUUAAGUUCUGCUGGUGAUCCUAAAAGUCACAUAAAAAAUUUACGGACAAUUGCUGUAACUGCAGCAUCGAAAGAAGUUCCUCUUGUUGCAUUCACCUGCGAAUUGUUUCAUGCACUUAGUGCACAUGUACGUGUUUUGCGCUUGAGCAGCCAAAAAGUUGCCGAACAUCUGGACAUCGGCGUUCUUCAAAAGCAAGCAGAUUUCCGUCUUAUGCACUGGCUGAAUAUGCAGGAAGAUAUAUAUCCUCUUAUAAUUUAUGAAUGUGACGAAAAACCGACUAACUGGACUAAAAAGUGCCUUAGGCAGGCCGAUGUGAUAUUAUUUGUUGCUAAAGGUGAUCAAGAGCCAGACAAAAAGUCGUUUAUGGAUGAAUAUCUGAGGAUGAAUCAAGAUGGUAUUCGCACAAAUAAGGAAUUGAUUUUACUGUGGGACGAAGACACAGACACUCCUCGUGGAACUAUGGAGUGGUUGAAAGGAAAUUGGUUUUCUGGUCAUCAUCAUGUUCGCGGAGGAAAACGGAUGUUUCAGUGGGCUGAGCAAAAGAAAGUAGAACAAGAAAUUCUCGAUUUCUAUGAAAAAAAUGUAUACAUAUCCAAAGUCAAUAAUCAGUCUGAUUUUUGUCGUCUUGGCCGAAUUUUAACGGGUAAUGCUAUAGGUGUUGUACUUGGAGGCGGAGGAGCCAGAGGGGCUGCACAUGUCGGCAUUUUACGAGCGUUAAAUGAAUUUGGGAUCCCGGUUGAUAUGGUAGCUGGCACUUCAAUGGGUGCAUUUAUUGGUGCAUUAAGAGCUGAAUCAGUCGAAUCGGAAGAAAUUAAAAUCCGUACAAGUGACUGGUUUGGAUCAAUGUGUUCAUUUUGGCUAAGACUUUGGGAUUUAACGUAUGCUCACAGUGCAAUGUUCACUGGGACUGGAUUCAAUCAGACCAUUCAAGAUGCUUUUUCUGAUAAGCAGAUUGAGGAUCUUUGGAUACCUUAUUUUUGUGUUACUACAGAUAUCAGUAGUUCAGAAGCGCGUGUGCAUAGAAGUGGUCCCUUAUGGGCUUACUGUCGUGCGUCAAUGUCUCUUGCAGGAUAUCUUCCUCCACUUUGCGAUCCCGUUGAUGGCCAUUUGCUCUUGGAUGGUGGAUAUGUCAACAAUUUACCUGCCGAUGUCAUGAAAUCAAUUGGUGCCAAAUUUGUCAUCGCUGUGGAUGUUGGAUCUGCUGUUGAAAAUGAUCUCUUUAAUUAUGGUGAUUCUUUGAAUGGUUUUUGGGUCCUCUUAAAAAAAUUAAACCCAUUUGGCAAAUCAGUGAAGAUUUUAAAUAUGGAGGAAAUUCAGAGUAGACUAGCAUAUGUUUCUUGUGUUCAGCAGCUGGAACAAGUCAAAAAUGCAUUAUAUUGUUAUUAUGUUCGUCCACCGAUUGAAGGCUUUAAAACUCUCGAUUUUUCCAAAUUUUUAGAAAUUGAAAACAUUGGUUAUGAACAUGGGAUGGCCGUGUUCCCCGAUUUAAUUCGAAAGAAUGAACUAAUUCGAAAAUUUCGAGGAACAAUGAAAUUAGUUGUUUUCGACCAUGCAUUAUCAUCAUCUUUUACAAAUCUUGCCGCCCAAGCAUCUAAAGUGCCAAAGGCGAGAAAUAAAAAUAAUGCCGAUUCAUCAGAAGAGGAUCCAUUACAAAGUUCAGAAGAAAGCAACAAUGGUGGUGUUAAUAUUGAUAAUGCUUUUGACAAAUCAGCCAUUGUCGAUGGUUAUGCUAGUGAACCUUCUGCUCAUAGUAAUAGUUAUUUUCUUAACAUUUCUAGUGGAGAAGAGAGUGUUGAUGAAAAUUUGCUAAUCCAUCAGAAUCGUCGUCGCAUUUCAUUUGUAGAUGAAAAAUUUGAUAAAUCGCCAGCAAACGACAAUCAUAAAACCUCUUAA